GCAAAAAUGUUCAGCAUAUCGGCAGUCUUUUACUGGUGUCCAUAGUCAUGAAUCGUGUGAUUAUCAUUUUCGGAGCUUCGGUGCUAGUUGCUUUUCUAGUCUGUAGUGAGGCUCCCUUUGUUAAAUGACAAACGCAGUCUGCAAGUCGUACAACAUAUCGUGGGUUGUCGUUCAUUAUUGCCGCCUUAAGGCAUAUUCCAGGAACAAGACUAGCUUGAAUAUAAAUGCUACAUUUAUAGAGCCAGCCAACAAUAUAUUUCUCAAAAUGAAGAUGAUGAAGAAGGCCAGUGGCUAUAAGCCAUUUUUGUUUGAUUACACCAUCGAUGCCUGCGAAUUUAUGAGAAAGCGAAAUCAACCCUUUGCCAAAAUAGUCUGGAACUUGUUCAAGCACUUGUCCACGGUUAAUCAUACCUGUCCCUAUGUGGUGAGAUCGCCAAUUAAUGAUCAAACUAAUUAUUUUCAAAACACUGUGGUUUUUUUUCAGGGCUUGCAGAUGGUAAGCGAUUUUCAUCAUAUUGAAUUGCCUUUUGUUUUACCAACUGGUGACUACCUACUUUUAUUAGACUGGAUAUUUGAUGAAUUGAGUUGUGAUUCCGACCAAACAGUCAUGGAUUCAAAACUUUUCCUACUUGGAGCAUUCAUCAGUGUUGCAUUUCUGGUCUGCAGUGAAACGUACUUUGUUAAAAUGACUAAUGCAGUCUGCAAGUCUUACAAUGAAUCGUGGGUCGUUAUUCAGUAUUGCCGACUGAAGGCCCAUUCCCGCAACAAAACCAGCUUAAAUAUAAAUGCAACCUUUCUGGAGCCAGCUAAUAACAUUUUUGUUAAAGUCAAGCUAAUGAAGAAGGCCAAUGGCUAUAAGCCAUUUCUGAUUGAUCUAACAAUAGAUGCCUGCGAAUUCAUGAGAAAUAGAAAUAAUCCCGUCAUCAAGAUCAUAUAUAAAAUGAUUAAGGAUGUGUCCACGGUGAACCAUACCUGUCCCUAUGUGGGCUUGCAGACGGUGAGCGAUUUCUAUGAUAUCCGAAUUCCCGUUCCAUUGCCAACUGGAGAGUACCUACUUUUAGGGGACUGGAUAUUCGAUGCUAAGGCGCAGUUCGCUACAAAUGUUUAUUUCACCUUUGUGGAGGAUUAA